CGCCAUUGCUCGUGGGGCAUGUCGAACUGAUCAGGAUUCAGGAGCAAUGCCCGUAGGUUCCCUCAACCCCUCAACCCGCCUCGGGAUUUCAGAUUUCGAUCCUUAGGAGGCUCAGCAUGUACGCACCUGCCCCCUCGGAAUUCGCCAGCGUGACCCCAGCUUGUCAUUUCAAGCCCAGGCUGACGUGGCCGGGCCACCUCCAGCGCCGUGAUCCGUCAGCUCGGUUUCUCUUAGAGCAUGGCGCAUGACGCAUUCCGUCAACUCGCCUUCGGAUUUUAAUCCAGGGCUUCUGCUGCUGAGGGGAGGGAGGAGAUUCAGCAGCAUGGAUUCACCUCCAGUGAACUUGCUACGAGGGCUGCGCUACUGGCACUCGGAGGGGUAUCGGUGAUCUCCUUCCAUGGCUGAAUCAACAUUACUACUGGCGUUUCACGCUCCUGAGCGUUACUUCCAAGAUGGCGACUCCCGCUUCUAUCAACAGCCUUACGGACGAUUUGAUCCUUCAGAUCCUAUGGCAGUCUCAGCGCAUUUCUAGAAAGAGCAAGCUGUGGAGAUCCAUAGAUCCAGAUGUGAAAUUCAUCUGCGAACCGGAUAGUUCGUAUCACUUUUCUGAUCAUCGGAAGUACGAGUCACCCAUACCCACUCCGCCUGCCUCCGCGGACGCCGCUCUAAGUCUUUUCAACGCUUCUGUCUGCCAGCGCUGGCGUCGCCUUGCGAAGGACCACGUCUCAACGCUUCUGGUCAGAGGGAAUUCCAUCGCGUCCAGGAACGAUCUCACCGUCGCGGUCACUCGGUUCCCGAAUCUGACGCAUCUGCACCUGGAGGACGGCAGCGUGGAUUCCCUAGACGACAACUUUCUGACUCACCUGGCCUCGUCAUGCCCUAGGCUGACCGCGCUCCACGUGGGAUGGAGAUAUUUACAGGCGCAGGGAGAGCGCAGGAGAGGCGAGCACCCGAUAACGCCCGUCGGCUUGGAUCAGCUCUUUCAGCGGUGCAAGAGGCUGCAGCACCUUUCCAUCUUCCUUCCCCUUCAGGAUGGCAAAUUACCCACUUCUUUCUUCCAGCUGCAGCAGCUACAGACGCUGCUCCUCACGGAUGCAGCAGCCUUGGCGAAUCCCGGCUUCAAGAACCUCUCCUCGCUCACCACCCUCUUCAUUGGCUUUCCCUGGACUCACCAGCACCUCGCCUGCCUAGCUCACCUUCCGAAACUCGCCCAUCUCUCCCUCCUUUACGAAUUUCAGACCAGCCUGGCCUCAGACGCUCCUGCAACCCUGCCGUCUUCCCUGCAGUCGCUGAAGUUCGUCAAGUUAUGCCCGCAGUUCGACUUCACCUUUCCACUGAAUUCACCUCUCACCCGCCUGGAGGAGCUCCUGAUCAGCAAGUGCAACCGCCUCCACCGCCUUCCGGACGGCCUGGGAGACCUGCUGCCGCGCCUGCGCAAGCUCUACCUUCAACACUGCGGGUCUCUGGUGGACCUCUCUGACCACUUCACUUCUCUCACCAGCCUGGAAAACUUCUCAAUUCUCUGGUGUCCCCUCAUUUCCAGCCUGCCCUGGAACUUUGGCCAGUUGCCGGCCCUCAAAGUACUGGAUUUGAGCUGCCUAUCGUCCCUCUCGGCCCUCCCCGACUCCAUCUGCCGCCUCUCCUUCCUGGAGGCACUCUUCUUGUCGAGCUGUGACAAGAUUUCCCAGCUGCCAGCAGGUUUAAGCGGCCUCACUGCUCUCAAGGUCCUACAGCUCGACGGCAUGAGUGAUCUGAAACUACCAGAGGACAUUGGAGAGCUCCCGAAUCUCCAGCUGCUCCACUUGUUUGACGUCAGGCAGGAGGUUAUUCCCCCUUCAUUCACACAGCUGUCUUCCCUGACAGAUCUUGAGAUCAAGUGGAGCGACAUCAGUGAACUUCCUGAGGGAAUCUCGGGGCUGCAGAACCUAAGGGAGCUGCGUUUGCUUAGUUGCACAGACCUGAAGACGCUUCCAGCGUCGCUGACAAGUCUCAAUCGCCUUGAGUCCCUCAGGCUGGAUGCUGAAACCAUGAGCGAUGGCGACGUGGACAUCGGGCUCACUUCAGUACCUGAGAGAUUGGAUCAUCUCGGGAGGCUCACAGAACUGGGGCUGCUGGGGUCUGGCCGGUUGGCUGCAAUUCCACAGUCGCUGCCGCCAUCGCUUGAGGUCCUUCGCCUGGGAAAUCCAUUCAAUGCCACAUCUCUUCCAGACUUCUCUCUGCUGCCGAAUCUGAGGGACCUGGCGCUGGAGGUGCCGGAGGUGGAGUGCGGGGAGGCGGUGAGCAGGAGUCUGUCCCAGCUGAGCCACUUGACCCUGCGUCUGCAUGAUAAUGCGGCAGAUUUGCCAUUCCCGCUGACAUUCCCGCUCCUCCGCACGCUCGACAUUUGGGGGGACAAAUUGGAGCGGAUUCCAGAGGACAUCGGGUCGACGGUGCCACAGCUGCGGAAGCUGGAUGUGAAUUGGAUUCAGUUUUUGGAGGAGCUGCCAGUGAGCAUCACUGAGAUGCGGGAUCUCACGUCCUUGGAUGUUAUGGCAUGGGCCUCAAGCAUCAGUAUCAAUCCUGUGCCUGCGAGCAUUAGGGCCUUGCCGCGGCUGCGCAAGCUGCAUGUGUUUGGCCAGCGGCACCUGCGGCAGCGGCCACCUGCUCCUUCCCUCGGUGGUGGUACUGCUGCUGCCGCCGCUGCUGCUGCUGAUGAUGAUGAUAGUGACAAUGAUGACAGUGCUGACGGUGACAGUGCUGAUGGUGACAGUGAUGAUGGUGACAGUGAUGAUGGUGACAGUGAUGAUGGUGACAGUGAUGAUGGUGACAGUGAUGAUGGUGACAGUGCUGAUGAUGGUUGUAGCAGUGGUGGUGAUGGUGCUGCUGCUGGUGCUUCUGCUGCUGCCAGUGAUUCCGCAGGGGAUGGGCAGCAGGCGAGGGCGGAGCAGGCUGCAAUGCAGCUGGCUGCGAUGGGAGCAGAGGUGGAAGCAAAGAGUCGGCUGAUUGCCAGCCUCCAGGCGGCAUUGGCACGGGCAGAGGGGCAGCAGGCAGUAGCAGCGGAAGAGAGGGAAGCACUGGGAGCAGCGAGAGGGAGUGGCUGCCUUGGAAUGGGAGCUCGAGGCAGAGAGGGGGAGGAGUGCAGGGCAACAGAGGGUCAUCCAGUCGCUGCAGGAAACAGUACGUGCGCUGACCAGCAAAGUCUCUGCAAUGGGGAAGAAGGCAGGGCUUAUUUUAUCAGAGUAAAUCACUCUGUUUCUCUGAAAAUCAGAGUUGUUUUUGGAAGUCACUCUGAUGGUCCUGGGUAAUUUUUUUGAAAGUUCUCUUUUCUCUGAUUUAUCAGAGUUGGUGUUGUCAGAAACCCAGCCACUAACCACUGGGUUAAAAGGGCUUGUUGAAUAGCGGGUAAGUGCGCCCAUAGCCCCCCUGGCUCUGCACCUGUGGCCCUUCCCCGAGGAUCUCAAGGGCAACCCCAGCGGGUCACUCAACACCCCCCCCCCCGCUGGGAUGGGUGGAAGACACGAGCGCCUCUGCAGCGCUGGCACUGGGAGUUGAACCCAAGACCUUUGGUUCUGAUACCAUGUCAGAAACCCAGCCACUAACCACUGGGUUAAAAGGGCUUGUUGAAUAGCGGAUAAGUGCGCCCAUAGCCCCCCAGGCUCUGCACCUGUGGCCCUUCCCCGAGGAUCUCAAGGGCAACCCCAGCGGGUCACUCAACAGGUGUAUGUAUCACCCUGUGGGUAUUCAUAUAGGGGGCAUACCCCCGGAUAUUAC